CGGCGGGCCUUCCCGUCGUGCCUUGCGCUUCCCCUUCUCCUCAGGCAGCAGAGCGAGACGCUUGGUGGACCGAGAUGGCGGACGUGCUGGACCUCCAUGAGGCGGGCGGCGAGGACUUCGCCAUGGACGAGGACGGCGACGAAAGCAUCCACAAGCUGAAGGAGAAAGCAAAGAAGCGGAAAGGCAGAGGCUUUGGAUCAGAGGAGGGUUCCAGGGCCCGAGUCCGUGAGGACUACGACAGCGUAGAGCAAGAUGGAGAUGAGCCGGGUCCUCAGAGAUCGGUAGAAGGCUGGAUUCUCUUUGUCACGGGGGUCCACGAGGAGGCCACAGAAGAGGACAUUCACGACAAGUUCGCAGAGUUUGGUGAAAUCAAGAACCUCCACUUGAACCUUGAUCGGCGGACCGGCUACCUCAAGGGUUACACGCUAGUGGAGUAUGAAACCUACAAAGAAGCGCAGGCCGCAAUGGAGGGGCUGAACGGCCAGGAUCUCAUGGGGCAGCCGAUCAGCGUGGACUGGUGUUUCGUCAGGGGUCCUCCGAAAGGGAAGCGAAGGGGUGGCCGUAGAAGGAGCAGGAGUCCUGACCGGAGGAGGCGCUGAAGCGUGUUUUUUUGUGUGUGUGUGUGUAUGUGUGUGUGUGUAUUUUACUUUUCCUGUAGUGUAAAAUCAUCCUGGGUGAUGCUGAGAGGGGUGUUCAUGUGCAUUGCCUCAUCCCCUCCUGGUUAAUUUUAUAUUUGUCCAUUUGGGUUAUUUCUUUAUUUUGAUCCCUCUCUGUAUUGAUGUCUCAAAGUAUUUGUGAUCUUCUGUUAUUUUGCAUACUUUGACAAGAGAACCAGAUACCUGUCUGCUUUUUAAGCCUGAGAGGGACUCUUUGGAUAACACCAUUUGGAAUAAAAAGGCUAUGGAUUUUUUUAAAAACAAAA